CCUCUCUCAGCAGAGGCAGGGCUUGGGCUCCGGCCACAGGUGCGCCCCCCCCACCUAAGAAAUGACCAUCAUAUUCCGUAAAUUUCGUCGUUUCAAUUAAGAAAUGACGCUCUGGCUUUACAAGUAAGAGGACAAACGAAAGCGGGAAGGCCUGUCGCCUCGUGAGAACGCUCCCCCAGCCAGCCAGCUCGGCGUCGGAGAAGCGCCGCCGCCGACCGCCCGCCGCCCGCCCGCCCGUCCAACCGACGCCCGGCCAGGAUUCCCCCUCCCCCGCUGGCGCUCCCGCUACCCACAAGCCCCCGCGCCCCGGCGCGCAGGCGCAGCGGUGACGGCCGUCUCAGGAAGAGGAAAAGGGAAUAAACAACUCGGAGGAACCAGAGCGCGAGAGAGCGAGUGGAGGCAGAAUUUAAAAAUAAACCGGCCCCUCCGUCCUCCCCGCCCGUUCGCUGCAGCCGCCGCGCCCCUCCCCUCCCCCUACUACCCGAGCCCGCGCCCUCGAAGUCCCUGUCAGAGGGCCCGCGCGCCCACCCCGUCGUCCCGCGCGCGGCCCCUUUAAGAAAAGAGAAGGCGAGAGUGAGUGAGACUCCCGACUCUCCCCCUCCCCGCCCCUCCCUCCUGCCCCCUCCUCCCUCCCCUCCCCUCCCCCCCCUCCCCGGGCGGCUCCGGCUCCCGCAGCGGGACAGACCCGCCCGCCCGGGCUUUUCUCCGGCCCCCCGGCAGCGCCGUCCCUCCCUCCCCAGUCUAUGGUGGCGGCGGCGGAAGACGAGGCUGCGGCGUUGCCAUGAACAGUGGCGGCGGCCUCCCGCCCCCCUCGGCCGCCGCCUCCUCCGCGUCUUCCUCGCUGGCGGCGGCCGCGGCGGUAGUGGCGGUGGCCCCGCCGGGGGUCGGGGGUGUCCCCGGUGGGGCGGCGGCGGCGGCAGCGGCGGGGGUGAAGCUGAAGUACUGCCGCUACUACGCCAAGGAUAAGACGUGCUUCUACGGGGAGGAGUGUCAGUUCCUGCAUGAGGACCCGGCCGCCGGGGCCGCGCCGGGCCUCGGCCUCCAUAGCAACAGCGUCCCCCUGGCUCUGGCGGGCGCGCCCGGGGCCGGCUUCCCGCCCGGAGCGGUCCCGGCUGGAGGAGCCGGGCCGCCCGCGGGGCCCAAGAAGCCGGACCUGGGGGGCCCCGGGCCCGGAGCCGGCGGAGGCGGAGGUGGCAACAGUGGCGUCCUCGACGGGCCGCGGCUGGCAAUUCCUGGAAUGGAUGGAGGUGCUUUAACUGAUACGAGUCUCACAGAUUCCUAUUUCAGCACCAGCUUUAUUGGAGUCAAUGGAUUUGGAAGCCCUGUGGAGACGAAGUAUCCUGUGAUGCAGAGAAUGACCAAUAGUAGCAGCUCCCCAAGCCUUCUAAAUGACAGUGCCAAGCCAUACGCAGGCCACGAUCCUCUAACUUCACCUGCUUCAUCCUUGUUUAAUGACUUUGGUGCCCUCAACAUCUCUCAGAGAAGAAAGCCAAGGAAGUAUCGCCUGGGGAUGCUGGAGGAGAGGCUAGUUCCGAUGGGAUCAAAGGCACGAAAAGCAAAGAACCCUAUUGGCUGCCUUGCUGACAGGUGUAAAUCAGGAGUACCCAUCAAUAUGGUUUGGUGGAACAGAGUCACAGAAAACAAUUUACAGACACCAAAUCCUACUGCAAGUGAGUUUAUUCCCAAAGGAGGAUCAACCUCCAGGCUGAGUAACACGUCCCAGUCACAUGCGUCUGCCUUCUCUCAAGUGUUCUCUCACCCAUCCAUGGGGACUCCUGCUGCUGCUGGAUUAGCACCAGGAAUGUCAUUGUCUGCUGGAUCCUCUCCUCUUCACUCCCCCAAGAUCACUCCACAUACUUCUCCUGCCCCCAGAAGAAGAAGCCACACUCCAAAUCCAGCAAAUUAUAUGGUGCCUUCUAGUGCCUCUACGCCCGGGAAUAAUCCUGUUUCUCAGACACCAUCUUCUGGUCAAGUGAUCCAAAAGGAAACCGUUGGUGGGACGACGUACUUUUAUACAGACACGACUCCAGCACCUUUGAGUGGAAUGAGAUCUUUCAAAAAUUAUCACAGAACAGCUUGCCGAGCAGAAGGUCAAAUAAUUGAGGUAUUUCCUAACUACCACAUCUAUCCUCCAACUGCACCUCACGUUGCUUAUAUGCAGCCAAAAGCAAACGCACCUUCCUUCUUCAUGGCUGAUGAACUGCGACAGGAGCUGAUAAACAGACAUUUAAUAACAAUGGCUCAAAUCGAUCAAGCUGAUAUGCCAGCAGUCCCAACAGAAGUUGACAGCUACCAUAGCCUGUUUCCUCUAGAGCCACUGCCACCACCCAACCGGAUACAGAAAUCAAGUAAUUUUGGAUACAUUACAUCCUGCUACAAAGCUGUAAAUAGCAAAGAUGAUCUGCCUUAUUGCCUUCGGAGGAUACAUGGUUUUCGUCUUGUUAACACAAAGUGCAUGGUAUUAGUCGAUAUGUGGAAAAAAAUUCAGCACUCAAAUAUUGUAACCUUGCGUGAAGUAUUUACCACUAAAGCUUUCUCAGAGCCUUCUCUUGUGUUUGCAUAUGAUUUCCAUGCUGGAGGAGAGACCAUGAUGAGCAGACACUUCAAUGACCCCAACGCGGAUGCCUAUUUCACAAAGAGAAAGUGGGGUCAACAUGAUGGCCCGUUGCCCAGACAGCAUGCUGGAUUGUUGCCAGAAUCUCUUAUUUGGGCAUAUAUUGUCCAGCUGAGUUCUGCACUGCGUACCAUUCAUACAGCAGGUUUGGCAUGUCGCGUUAUGGACCCAACAAAGAUUCUGAUAACUGGCAAAACAAGGUUGCGAGUAAAUUGUGUUGGAGUUUUUGAUGUUUUAACAUUUGAUAACAGUCAGAAUAAUAAUCCAUUGGCAUUAAUGGCUCAAUACCAGCAAGCAGAUCUGAUAUCAUUAGGAAAAGUUGUGUUGGCUUUGGCUUGCAACUCUUUGGCAGGAAUUCAGCGAGAGAAUUUACAGAAAGCCAUGGAACUGGUGACAAUCAACUACUCCUCUGACCUGAAGAAUCUGAUUUUAUAUUUGUUGACUGACCAAAACAGGAUGCGAAGUGUAAAUGACAUCAUGCCCAUGAUUGGUGCUCGAUUUUAUACUCAAUUGGAUGCUGCUCAAAUGAGAAAUGAUGUCAUAGAGGAAGACCUUGCAAAGGAGGUUCAAAAUGGAAGACUGUUUAGGCUUCUAGCAAAAUUGGGAACAAUCAAUGAGAGGCCGGAACAAGGCGCAACAGCAGCUGUGGUGACUGGGAGAAGCUGCGCUUCAGGAUUGUUAGCUGCUGUGCAUAGAGACAGGUGGUUUCAGAAGGAUCCUACCUGGUCGGAGACGGGCGACCGGUACCUGUUGAAGCUCUUUAGGGAUCAUCUUUUUCAUCAGGUGACAGAAGCGGGUGCUCCUUGGAUUGACCUCAGUCAUAUCAUUUCUUGUCUUAACAAGUUAGAUGCUGGUGUGCCAGAAAAAAUAAGCCUCAUUUCCAGAGACGAGAAGAGUGUACUUGUGGUGACUUACAGUGACUUAAAGCGAUGCUUUGAAAAUACUUUUCAAGAACUGAUUGCAGCUGCGAAUGCACUGAAUGUUUUACUAGCACUGGGUGCUCACCACACAACGAUGAAGAAAUGUGGAAACUCAGAAGGUCGGGAGGGACUUCAGGCACUUGCAACUGAUGUGACAGUCUUCAAUUUUAAUAACUAUUCCUAUUUGUAGUUUUCAGAGAAGUUUUUAAUAUUUCUCUGUCCACUUUUUAUAAGCUUUAAAAUGAUUUUCUCUGCCUUGAGAUUUGCAUCAAGAAAAAGCACCUCUUCACCCAAAAGCUUUGAAGACUAGAGACAUGCUUUACAUGUUUUAACAAGUGUGUUUGAGUCCACGUUUGGUAGCAUCAGUUGUUGAGUUAAAAAGGAAAUCAAUUAUUGCAUUUGAUCAGGAUGGAUUUUAAAAAGAACAUAAUGUUCACUUUUCAAAGGAUAAUUAACAUUUGCCACCAUAAUGUUCUUUUUUUAUGUAAAAGGAACAAGAACUUGGAGACAUUAACAUGCAAAGGUCUUUUAUCAUUAUUAGCUCAUGUAUUUGAGGAAGAGCAGCUGUCUUUUUAUAUGUUUUUUGACAAAUCAUAUUGUAAUUCUUUUGUACAAAAAAGAACUACUUGUAUUCUAGAAGAAAUAUGAAAUGCUUAAUUUAUAAGCGGGCUGGAGAUUUUUUCCAAUAUUGUUUUCUUUGAAAAUGAAAGGGGAUCAUCUAUUUUAGUUUCGGGGUCUGGGAACUUUCUGAAAAUUUAAUUUGUGGACCAAUGUUAUGUGAAAGCUAAGGAAGGGCAGGGGUAAAAUAGGGCUUGAUUUUCUCAUUCUGUACAGACCAGCAAACUUCCCUCUGCAAGGCAGGCUCAAAUCACAAACCCAAGAGUGUUGGCGUCAUAAAAUGCUAGUUUGCUUCAGCCCCUAGUAACCUCAGGACUUGGUUUGAAUAUAAAAGGUAGACAACUGAUAUGUUUUCACGAGUAAAAUAUUGUCAGCCAGAAAGCAGGUGGUGUCAGGUAAACGUCUUUUUUUUUUUUUUUUUUUUUUAAGCUUUGUUUUAUAUUUAUUUUUCAUUUAGUUUUUAUUGGGAAUGGUUUUCAAUAGCACUCUUAUUAGUUCUGCUUAGGUGUUUUUUGGGGGAGCCCUCUUUUCCAUAGUGUAAUUCCACUUAAGAGGUUGUCUAAAAGUUAGUCUUUUUAAUUCAUAGGAAGAUUUUAAUAUCUGAGAGUACUCAAAUUAAGGAUGUAAACUUCCCACACCUUCCUGUUAUGACAGAUAUAAAAAAGCACAGAAAGGACAACCCUUGAAAUCAUGUAACAUUGGUCAUUUCAGCUUUUUGUACCUAUUUUAAAUUCUGUCAGUGCGUUUACUUCAUUGUACAUAUUUUUGAGGGCACCUUUGUGUUUUUGCCUUCAACCUUGGUUCUGUGAUUUGGAUGUCAGCAACUUCCCUGAAAAGCACCAAUGUGUUAAGUUCUAACGUCAUGACCCCGGUCUGGGUUAUUUCAUCUUUAAUCCUGUUUUCAGUCUCUACGUGUACAGCAGUAUUUUUAAUAAAGAAUUACAGAGAGAA